AUGGUCAAUUCACCGUUACCUACUGACCUUGCAGGGGAGUGCAGAAAGGCAGCGAAGAUUCUGAACAGUUUCAUUGACCCAAUCGCAGCUGAAGGAAUAGAUAAAGUUAUCCCAUCUAGUGUACUACGAAAAGCAAAAGGAUUUGCGAUAUUUACGGUUAUAAAAGCAGGAUUUCUCUUUUCUGGAAGAGCAGGAUCGGGUUUGGUUGUUGCAAGGCUUGAAGAUGGCUCAUGGUCAGCCCCAUCUGCAAUCGGUACCGGAGGUAUGGGUUUCGGCGGGCAAAUUGGUGCCGAAGUAACGGAUUUUGUAAUUGUUCUUAACAGUAGAGAUGCAGUUAAAUCAUUUAGUCAUGGAGGAAAUGUUACUCUGGGUGGAAAUUUAUCAUUUUUUUUCUCAUAUAGGUCAGUUGCCGCUGGACCUAUUGGCAGAAAUGCAGAAGGAGCGGGUUCUGUGUCGCUUGGACAUGUGGCUUCCAUAUUUUCUUAUAGUAAGACGAGGGGUUUGUUUGUAGGUGUCUCGAUCGAAGGUUCUGUUAUUGUAGAACGAAAAGAUGCAAAUUCCAAGUUCUAUCAUCGUAAGGUUACUGCAAAAGAGCUUCUUUCGGGGAAAAUAAGCCCUCCACCUCAGGCAGACGUUUUGUAUCGGGCACUUAAUUCCAAGGUUUCAGCCAUAAGCGAUAGCGUAAGCACAAUGUAUAGUCAUGAAACGCAUGAAAAAGAAGACACAUCCGAAAAUCCUGUUGGUACAAGAAGCUAUCGUCACUCUAUGCCGUCACAUAAAUUGACAGAAAAUACGUCGGAUAAACUCAGUUCUAGCAGUAAUCACAAGUCAUCGGUCCAAAGGGCAUUAUCUACGAACACAACUAGAAGCGAUAAAUCUUAUAGACCUCCGAUAGCCCCGAAACCGGCUUUACCAUCACGUGAAAAGAAACCAACAAUUGCUGUUGCUUUAUAUGACUUUUCAGGUGAACAAGAUGGUGACCUUGGAUUCAGUAAAGGAGACAUCAUCUACAUUAUUAAAAAAACGGAGUCUACUAACGAUUGGUAA